AUGUCCAACGGCCUGUGCCAGACACAGUGUGUAGCAGAGUACGCAUAUGCCGUGAUUAUCGGCCGGAAUUGUUAUUGUUCGAAUGAUGUCCCAGCGAGACAAGUCGACACGGAGGAUUGCCAUGAUCCAUGUCCUGGGUACCCGCCAGAUUACUGUGGCAAUGCCACAGCGGGGUAUUAUGCGUACUUCAAUCUAGGAAGAGCGGCUUCUGCAACCGUGCAGCUUUCGACGGCCUCGAGAUCUCUCGGAUCGCUGGUAUUUGGUUCGGUGACCACUAUCUCGUCCGCGGCACCGUCGACGAGCGCGCCUACAAGCACGUCGACAGAUACCAGUUCCAGUAUCCUGGCGAUCCAACAGUACAUCCAGUCGGCGUUGUCGACUCAGUCCGGUCCAGACGCCACGGAUGCGUGCUUUCUGAACGCAGGCAACACUCGCUAUACCUCUCCUUCGUGGUAUCAAAAUGCUCCUACUGAGGUGCAGAGCUACUUCUCGUCCACACACCAGGACAGUUCGGCUACAUGUGCGUCUCUCGCAGAGACCCUAUUUGCAAACAAUACGCGUCAUGGCUUGUCGAAAGGUGCCUUGGCUGGCAUCAUUGUCGGGUCCGUACUGGGAGCGCUACUCCUCGCUGCUUUGGCCAUUUUACUCUGUCUGUGCCUCCGGCGGCGCAAACGGCGAUCGGCUGAGCGGGACAGCAUGGACGAGAAGAUGAGUGAGAGCCACAAGGGAGUGGCAGCCGCUGCCAUGCCCACGCAGUUCGAUAAUGAGCACAGCUCCGAACACGAUUUUGACGACCACAUGGCUGUACAUGACACUAUUGUCCACCAUGGCCCAACAUACCAUACGGAGACAACAAUCACGCCCUCUACGGCAGCCACAGUAACCACCGAACACCGACCGAGCUCGCCAUUCUUUGGGUCGCCAGCCAGUCGCACGGCUGUGGCUGCGGCUGCGUUGGCAUGGGCCAGAGAGAACGAGCAUGGUUCGUCCCCUCCUCGGGCUCCAGCACACGUUGAGAACAGUGCUACCGAGUCUGGAGCAUCGUCCGUGUACGAGACGCCAUUCGAGGCACCUCAGCAACAACAUAUGUUCUCACCUACCCACAAUGGCCACCAGACCACAAGGCCAGAACCACCUGCACGCACAAAUACCGCGCAGGAUUCAUAUAUCCUCCAUCAGCAAAGCCCCUACCCAGCUCCUCCUGCGUCUGAACUUCCUGCAGCGACGCACAACGAACAGACUAUCCCGCGAAAGCCCGUUGGCAUCCUAAAGAACAGCAUUAAUGACUAUGAUAGCAACGGCAGACGACGACGAGACUCGGAGAAGUAUACGUUCUAUAACGACGACCAAGGAGAUGACGACGAGCAUACGUUCCACGCGCGAUGA